CCCCCUCGGCCGGAACGCGGGAGCGUGGGGCCGCACGUCGGCCGGACGUGUGCGUGGGACACCUGCGGGCCGGACCGCCGAAGGGCGCGCGCCCGGAAGCGGCAUGUUGGCUGCGGGAGGGGCCCUGGCCGCCGCGGCGCAACGAGUUACUGCGCGAAUUCUGCGUCCUCCCUGCGGGCUUCUGGGAACUUGGUGGACACAGAUUAGAGACACCCACCAGCGAGCAUCGUUGUUGUCCUUCUGGGAACUCAUUCCCAUGAGAGCAGAACCUCUGCGAAAGAAAAAGAAGGUCGAUCCUAAAAGAGACCAAGCAGCGAGGGACCGCUUGAAAAAGAGGAUCCGAAAACUAGAAAAGGCCACCCAGGAGCUAAUUCCCAUCGAAGAUUUUAUAACUCCUUUUAAAUUGUUAGAUACAGCCAGACAGCGGCCUCAGGUGGAACUCCCCUUCGAAGAGAGCGAGCGGCGAGCACUGCUUCUGAAGCGGUGGGCCUUGUACAAGCAGCAAGAACACGAGAAGGAGAGGGACGCCAUCAGGGUCAGGCUGGAGGCCCAGCAGGAAGCCCUGCAGGAGCUGAGACUCGAAUCCCCGGAACUUUACGCGGAGGCCAUCAAGCGGGAUCCCAGCCUAUUCCCCUUUGAGAGGGAAGGGCCAGAUUACACGCCCCCGGUGGCUAACUACCAGCCCCCUGAAGGCAGGUACAAUGACAUCACCAAGGUGUACACACAGGUGGACUACAAGAAAUAGCAGUGCAGGCAGCUGUCCUCAGAGCACACAGUGGCCUGGGCUCCAGCCACCUGCCCCAGAAUCAGGCGUGUCGCUAAUAAAUGUAAGCUGACCCAAAA